AUGCAGUGUUUCUCUAACUGUGCUGCUGGGUUUUUACUGCAUUUCCAGACCAGACCAAGUCCUAUGGAUCUCGCUUGCUUCCUGGACGCUGCAACAACAAACAUCACUCAUACUGGAGUCAACAGCUUUGAUAUGGAGAUCAAAAACCGAGAGGCGACUAGACAGAAAAGGAGAAAAGCGUCAUCCUAAAACGCUAAAGGACAAAACAAAAGACAAGAGUAAAAAAAACACAAAACAACAACUUAAAAAUAACGUUAUCUGACGUUCCAGGAAUGUUGCCAGUCAUCUUUGCCUAGUAAGAAAAAGAAGGAAAAGUUGAAAGUUGACGGAUUCAUUUGUUUACUGAACGUUGGGAGCUAAACCAGAAACACUUUCCAAACUCAUUCGCGGAAAAUGGGGGAGCAGCCUCUCUUUAGCACAAAGGCACACGUCUUCCAGAUUGAUCCGACCACUAAGCGCAACUGGAUUCCUGCCAGCAAGCAUGCCGUCACCGUGUCAUUCUUCUAUGAUGCCAGCAGGACUGUGUAUCGCAUCAUCAGCGUAGGAGGCACAAAGGCAAUUAUAAACAGCACCGUAACACCUAAUAUGACCUUCACCAAGACUUCACAGAAAUUUGGGCAGUGGGCAGACAGCAGAGCAAACACGGUGUAUGGGUUAGGCUUCUCUUCAGAGCAGCAUCUUCAACAGUUUUCAGAACAGUUCAAAGAAGUCAAGGAAGCUGCACGUCUCAUGAGGGAGAAAUCUCAAGAGAAGUUUGAGCUGAUCAGUCCUGGUUUAAACAUCGCUCCUCUACAGGCUCUGUCUGAAGAUCGGCACUCUCCAACCGCGCUUCUGUGUGUAAACGGCUCUGGGGAGGACAAGCUGUUUCGCAGCAAGAGCGCAGACCUCGAGCUGGCCUCGAAGAAGGAGUGUGUUAAAAAGAUUCCCUCGGAAGGAUCAAUAUGUGAGACAAAAAUGGAGACCGAGUUGUUCAGUCUGAGGAAGAGCAACGCUGAGCUUGUCGCAGCGCUCCAUGAAGCCAACAGCAACAUUGAACAGUGGAAGAAUCAGCUUGCCGAGUAUCAGCAGGAGACGCACAGACUCCGAGACCAGGUAGCCGAGCUGGAAGAGCAAAGUGGACAUACUGCUUCGUGUGAGAACAGGACCGAGGAUCUCUUCCAGUCUGUAGAAGAUAUGGAGGCACUUCUAAAGGCUAAAGAUGAAGAAAUUAACAAGCUACAGGGCAGGAAAUCAGAUUUCCAGGAUUUGGAGGAGGAGAGGGAGGAGAUUAAUAAAAGAAUGCAGGAGCUGGAGCAGAGGAACUUUGAACUGGAACAGCAAGUGCAGAAAGCGGAGCAGAAUUUGGCCUCUUCGUUGGAAGCACGGCAGCAGGCGGAGAGUGAAGUGCGGAAAGUCAUCGAAGUACUGGACGUCAAGAUUUUUGAUCUGAACAGCUUGAGACAGAGCCUGGCCAACUUUCUAGAUAAAUAGCGACCAUCACCUCAAGCAUCAGACUGCUGAAUCCUACAGUCUCUUCACGCCCGGAUAGAUCAACAGACUUAUUUUUCCCCAUAAAACAGCACAUGAGGAUGUACAAAACUGGACUGAAAAGUGAAGUGAAGUGAAAGAUCGGCGCUAUGUACAAUAAUAAUCCUAAGAGGUACUGGAGAGACGAGUGUGUCGCAGGCUGUAAGAGUCCGCUAAAAGAUUCCUGUGUUUCUCUGAUCUGAGGUUGUUUCUUGAGAGCUUCAUGUACAUGCGCACACAGGCUGGUCUUUGUCAUUUCAGAGCACAGUGUAAUUAAUGGUAGAUCACAACUUGGGAGUUAAAACUGGGAUUAAACUAAAGGUCUAAAUUAGAUCUCUUCUUGUAAUAAUAUGUAAUAGUUUGUGCAUUGCUGAUAUGAUUUUUGUAUUAUAAACUAUUGAAUGAUUCAAUUGACAUGACACUACACCACUCUAUAUUAAGUUGAACUUUAGCAAAAAAUGUAUGUAAAUGUAUGUUAUGGCAAUAUUUAGUUACCUCUGAGAGAGGUUCAGACUUGGCCAUAGAUAGAGGUUUCAACAAGAUGAUGAGACACUAAGCCAUUAGUUUAUAGUGUCAUCACUGUCUGUUAAAUACACACUCUGGCCAAAAGUAUGUGGACACCUGACCAUAACAUGCAUAUGUGCUUUUUGAACACCUUGUUCCAGACUUGGUCCACCAUUAACCUCCACUCUUCUGGGAAAGCUUUCUACUAGAUUCUGGAACAUAGUUGUUUGCGCUCUUAAACCCACAAGAGCAUUAAUGAGGUGUGUGCUUCUUCUCCAAACUGUUGCUACAAAGUUGGAAGCACACAAUUGUAUAGAGUGUCUUUGUAUGCUGUCGUUACAAUUCCCUUCACUGGAAAAGCUCAAACCUGUUCCAGCAUGACGGUACCCCUGUGCACAAAGCACGGUACAUGUAGACAUGGUUUGCCAAGGUUGGAGUGGAGUCGUUGGAGUCCUGCACAGAGCCCUGACCUCAACCCCACUGAACACCUUGAACUGGAACGCCGACUGAACCCCAGACCUCCUCCCUGACCUCACUAACGCUCUUCUGGGUGAAUGAGCGCAAACAACUACGCCCCAAAAUCUAGUGGAAGACCUUCCCAGAAGAACGGAGGUUAUUAUAACAGUGAAUGACGGACCGACCCCGAAACUCGAUGUUCAAGGUGUACAUAUGGGUGCGACGGUCGGGUGUCCGCAUACUUUUGGACUUCGCGUGCAUGUUUGACUGUGGGAUAUUAGGACAACUAUGAUGUCUAAAAACACACACAAAAAAAAUGACGAUUUAAAGACUGCGUGUGGAGAGUUCCUGUGAACUGGAUUGUUUCAAUGCUUAUUCAUAGAACUUUUGAUUACAUCUGAUUCUCAACUUUACCUUUAAUUUUAGGAGAAAUGACUUUCAAAUAUCACUGCUUACUCUUUAUAUUUCUUUGAAUAUGCUGCAAGUCCUAAAGGACUUUAUACUAACUUCCAACUUCAGCUGUGAACUGAUCAGAAUAGUUUUUAGGUAUCAUAUUGCGUAUUUGGAUUUAAAAGAUGCUAUUUCUACAGAGCUUUUAAAAAUGUGCUGAGGUUCAGACUUACAGCUGCGUACCAGCUCUGGUUCCUCGUCAAGCAAGCUAUUAAUGUUGGUUAUUUUUGGUGUUACCGUUCUUACCGUUCUGAGCAGCUCUUUACUCUCCAUUCACAAUAACUUUUUGCAUAAAUGCUAUUUUUCUAAUGCUCGAAUAUGAGAAAUGCUGUCCUUUUUUUUUUUUUUUUUUUUCUUUUUUCUUUUUUUUAAAUUUGUUUAUUUGUUCACAAAUAAAGGUACUGCCUUAUCUACUGUGAAAAAUUACAACCCAGUACCGUGUUUCAUUUGGCCCAGGGAAUUUCCAAAAAAAAAUUUUUAGACACCAAGUAGUAUGAAUGAAAUGUUAGCUGUAGACUUUUUAUUGUUUUUAUUUAUUUAUUUUUUAACCUUCAUUUCUAUCUGAAAGUAAGGCAGUGUAGAAGGGGUUCUUGAGUGGUGCAGCAGAAAACUGUUCGAUCUGUUGUAGGUAGAUUGCAAGCUUGAAUCCCACAGCUAUGCGUAGCCAGGAGUCUAGAUGGCAAAAUUGGUCGUGCUCUCUGGGUGGGACGGAUGAUGUACUCUGUCUCCACUGUCAAUCAGAGCGACACGAUCACUCGUGGGCAUCUGUGAGCUCUUGUAUAUGGAGCAGGAUAGAUAGCGCGUUCAAAAAGAAUUCAAAAAGCGCAAAAAGAUGAGUUUGGCUGGCUUCAUGUGUCUUGAAGGAAGCAUGUGUUAGCCCUCACCCUCCCCAGUUGGUGGUAGCUGUAUGAUGGGGAAGAGUUGGCUGGUGGGUGGGAAUUGACAGAGCAAACUGGCAAGAAAAUGGGGCAAAACCACUCGCAUACUUAAGAAGACAUGUACGUUAGUGAGGAUGCACCAUUAGUGUGUAACAGGUAUAGCAAUGAUGCUUGGAUUUUUAAAUUGUCCCUACCUUGUAAUAUCGUCAAUAUAUAUCUCACUGAACGUUGACGGAUUCUUGUCAUAUGUCUUAAAUCCCAAGUAAUGAGAAUGGCUAAUAAAAAAAAAAAAGAGAAGAAAAACUGUAGUAAAGUUACACAGCUCAACAAUCAUUUGGAAUUAGGAGACAUAUUCGGAUACUAACCUUAAGAUUUUUAAUUUUAUUUAAUUUUUUAAUUAAAUGUCUAAUGCACAAUUAUAACGCAUUUUUGUUGUUGACUUCCGUUUGAAAGUAUGAUUUAAAAAAAAAAAAAAAUUUCCUCAGAGAUACACAAUAUUAAAGCGAAUCUGAAGCUUGAAGUCUUGAAGAAGAGAUGUUUUGGUUGUCUGGGGAAACCAUUAAUAAUUAAAUCUCCAACAACAAACUGCAUGUCUGUGUGUGAGUCGUAGAGGUUACGUUCACCUCUUGGUGGAUGCGCUGAAAGGGAAAAUGAUAAAUAAAUAAAUCCGUGUAUAUAAAUAAUGCAAGUAUAAAAAAUGUGCUUACAAGAAUCCAAACUGAUGAGUACUGGACUUUAAUUGUGUAUUUUUUUUUUUUUGCCAACUUUAUUUAGUGAAGUAAUUAGAUCAUUAUCUUCUUCUGCUCUGCGUUGUAAAUAAAUAUAAAUGGGACAAUA